UAUGGGAACUGCGUCCAUUCAGCUGCUGGAGACAGCUGAGGCUGGAGCUGCUGGAGCUGCGAGGGUUUCCCAGACUGCCGUCAUGAACGCGGAGGAGCCGCGCACAAGUCUGUGACGGGGUGAGAGACGCGGAAGUGGUUGUGAUCCAGCAAGUUUGAGUAGGCCAACUUCUUUGACGGGUUUCUGGACUUCUUUCAGUGAUGGCGGACUAUCUGGUUCCUGCGAUACUGGAAGCCUGUGUGGUGGUGGGAGCAUCCGGGGACAAACUUCAGGAAGUCUGCCAGACUCUUAACGAUGCCGGAGGUCCAGAGCCGAUGCUCUUGGAGCCGGAGGUUCUUCAUGUUCUGGCACCUCCCUUCAUCAGCAGACCUCAAGCUGAUACUGAUGUGCCGAAACGUGCCAAGCGACGACGCUCCUUUCUUAGGAAAAAGAGGGAACAACCUAAUUUAGCUACAGCAACUCAAGGUGGGGGUGUGCCAGAAGGAAGAGGAGCGAAUGAAGAUGUCAGUGUGCCAAAAGACAUCGACCUUAUGGCUUUGCCUCAGCUCUGCUUCCCUGGUGGCCUGCAAGUGACCAAUGAACAGAAAAAUGAGCAAUUUCACUACCUUGUUUUCACGGAUGUCUUCGGUAACAAGACCUAUGGAGUAGUAAUGCAGUACUACCGUCCAAUACUGGAAGGAACUUCCUAUCAAAAUGGAGCUGGGUCUUCUCAGAUUUCAAAACUUUUCUCUGCUUACGGUUUCUGUAUCAUAUCCAAGUAUCCUUACUUCACUGCUCUAAAAGACUGUCUGUCAUGUCUUUUGAAUCAGCUGAGAAUUUGCAGGUUAUCAGACAUGGAGGAGAGAGUGAAGGAAUUUGCAGCUAAACUGACACUCGUGCCAAUUCCACCACCUGGACAACUACAUUUGAUGUUUACGUUGCGUCCUUUGACCAUCACGUUACCAUCCAGAGAGGACAAAGACCACCCAGCGAUAGACUUGGAGCUACACCUGCCUCUUCUUUGCCUCAGGCCGCAACAGCUACUGCAGGUACUAUCCUGUCUCCUGCAGGAGCAGCGAGUUGUGUUAUUUUCUGCUGACUGGGCCAGACUCACUCUGGUGGCAGAGAGCUUGUUGAUUUUCCUUCAGCCACUGUCAUGGCAGCAUCCUUAUGUCCCUGUCUUGGCCAGAAGCAUGCUGGACUUUGUUAUGGCUCCAACUGCCUUUCUCAUGGGAUGCCAUCUCAGCCAUUUUUCAGAGGUUGCUGCUGAAACCGAUGAUUUAAUCUUAGUUAAUAUCGAUGAUGGAAGUGUUUCCACCUCAUCUUCUGAUACUGUUGACUUACCUGACAUUCCUUCAUCAGCUGCAGAUUGCUUCACACAGAGAUGCCGGUCACUGUCGAUACAUUUUGACUUGGAUCAGUGUCACAGUGCGAGCUGCACUGACAUCAAUGAGCAGCGUGCACAGAGAAGAGCCUGGCAACACAGCCUCAAUCAUGACAUCCAAAGGAUUGCGCUGGAACUGAUUGUCAACUUAUUCAGGGAUGUUAGCAGUCAUCUGAAUUAUGCACAUCGAGUGUUUCAUAGUGAACAGUUCUUAAAAACAAGAGAACCAGCUGAGCAACUUUUCUACAAGAAGGUGUUGGAGACACACAUCUUCCACUCUUUCCUCAGGGAUCGUCUCAACAAGCAGAUGGAUAACUUCACACGAAUGGAAGUUGGCACUCGUUCUGCGAUUUACAAAAUGAAGGCCAUGAUUGAAGUACCACGCAGGCCCACCAUGCAGGAGAUCCAAGCCAAGAGAAAGACUUCCAGCAUGGAAAACAAGCUCAGUAAGAGACUGGGGAUGAGUCUGCCCAACUUGGGGGAAGACCAAACCCUCAGCUUCCCAAGAAACCCACUUCUCUCCAGAAUCAUGAUGCCGGACACGGCGUUAAGGACAGCUCCUAAGCCCGUAAAGGUGUUUAAACUUGCGGACUUCCCCGUGUCUCUGUCUUUCCACUCUGUCCAGAGUUACUACAGUGAAGUCAUCCAACAGCUUGGAAAAGAUAUUUUUUCUGUCCAAAAUGAGAAUUCCUCUCUCCUUGCCAGAUUUUACUACCUGCGUGGUUUCAUCAACAUGCUGUGUUCGAGGCGAGUGGACGCUCUGAGUGAUUUCCAGAAUCUGUACAAGACCGACACUGCCAUUUUCCCCACACACUUGGUCACACUGCUUGUGGACUCACUUCACCGCGAUGAGAGGCAGCAAGCCCAGAGACGACCCGAACUCAAGAGACUCCUCUUCAAGGUGAAGACGGAUAAUGAGAAGCCACUGGUCCAGACUGACAACCACGUCAAGAAGUUUCAACUUCCACGAAUUCCUCUGCAUCAGGAUGAGUUUGUGCGUUGCAUUCAGGAAUGUGGAAUUGUUAAAGAUGUGGCAACAAUACGGCGUUUAUUUGAUGCUCUCACUGAUGGCCAACUAAAGGAGAUAGACCCUGAACUUUUCAGAGUCUUCUACACUUUCUGGAAGGAGGCCGAAGCCGAAGCGCAAGACGUCAACCUGCCCUCUGAGGUCAUCAACCAGCUUGACAACAGUGAAUGUGUCUACAAGUUAUCGUCUAGUGUCAAGACCUCCCAUGGUGUUGGCAAAAUCGCCAUGACGCAGAAACGUCUGUUUUUGCUUACUGAGGGACAACCAGGGUUUGUGGAAAUCACAAAGUUCAGAGAAAUUCAGAGCGUGAAGAUUGCCUCUGCUCCUUUUCUACUUGUUCGCAUCCCCUCCCUUCGUAUCCAGACGGCCAGCAGGCCUGAGGUGUUUGAGGCCAAUCUGAAGACGGAGACUGAACUCUGGAACCUUGUGGUCAAAGAGAUGUGGGCUGGACGCAAGAUGGCAGACCAACACAAGGACCCUCAGUACAUGACUCAGGCUCUGACCAAUGUCUUGUUGAUGGAUGCUGUUGUUGGCUGUCUGCAGACUCAAAGGUCCAUCUCUGCUGCCACAAAGCUCGCUUAUUUUGAUAAAAUCAAGUAUGAAGUGCCCAUGAUGGUGCCUAAAACUACCUCAGAGACUCUAAAGCAUAAGAUCAACCCGUCCCUGGACCUGGUUGAACCUCAGACGGUACAUGUGCUGCUAUACACACCAGGUCAGCUGACCUGCAAUGAUUUGCAGGGUGAGAUGAACCCUAAACUGUGGGUGGCUCUCAGUGGUGGCAGAGUGGUGGUAUUUGAUGCAGCCAGUUGGUCGAUGCUGCAGGACUCCAUCCAGGUUGGAGAGACACAAGUGACCUGCAUGAUUGGACUGGUCCAGGAGCAGGUGUGGAUCGGUUCUCAGGACUCUGUCAUCUACAUCAUUGACACUCACAGCAUGUCCUGCAAUAAACAGUUGACUGAUCACAGAAAUGAAGUGACAGGCCUCUCAGUGGACACCAGGGAUCAUCACGGCAGUCAGUACACGUACUCCUGCAGCUGUGAUGGAACAAUCCUGCAAUGGGACUCGUCCAGUCUUAAAGUGAGGAGACAGUUCCACCUCAGCUGUGACCGUCUCUCUUCCAUGCAGAUCCAUGAUGGCACCCUGUGGUGCUGCUGUAGUGACAGUAUUGUGGAACUGAGAAAGAGUGGUGCACCACACAGGAGAAUAACUCUGCCUGAUGACCUGCGGAGCAUGCCCAGUAGCUUCAGCUGCUUUAUUCUCGUCCCGGAGCGAGGGCAGUUGUGGACUGGCUGCUCAGACUCGGAGGAGUUGUGUCUCUGGCAGGUGAACAACCACAAAUAUCCAUCCAAGAGAAUCUCCCUGCCCGGCUGCUCAGGAGUCACCUGUAUGAUUCGCGUCAAAAACCAGAUCUGGGUGGGCUGCAGAGGACGGAGCGGUGUUGGAGGUCAGUGUGAUGAUCAACUAAGAAGCCAGGUGUUGGUGGUGGACCCAGACAGUCUCACGGUGGCAAAGGAGCUACAGGCUCAUUCAGACACCAUUCAGACGCUCUGCUCUGCAGAGGAUCGCUAUGUCAUGAGUGGCUCUGCGCGGCGUGAUGGCAAGAUCGCCAUCUGGAAAGUUGAAUAAAGAGCAUUCAAAAAGCACAUUGAUAAUAAGGACGGACAACAUAUUGUGAUGAAUAAAAGAAAAACAAAAACUUUCUAUUAAUUUCUUGCAAUUGGAGAAUGAAUAUAUAUGUAGUCACAUCCUAAAGUUAAAGCAGCCCUUUUAAGGAGAUUUAACCUGUGCCUUCUGUAUUUCAAUACAUUUCAAAUCGUGGUAUUGGAUGUGAAUUAACAUUUUACUAUGUCAACUUAAUAUUUUGUCACCAAGUACUAUUAAUUAAAUGUUCUGCUAUUUUCAUAUUCAUUUCUGUGAGUUUUUAAAACAUUUUGUCUUUUGUAUUGUAAAGACUGUUAAGAUUCAAGCUCAGUUUUUCAGUUGAAAUCAUCCAGUUGAGAAAUGUUGUCAAACAGUUGAGUGCAUGAAGGGCCACUACAGCUCCAGCUUUUCAUCCUUGUACAAAUGUUACGCUUUUAUUUCCAAAGGACAUGUCAUAAAAUGUUUCCAGGUUUGUUUUCUGCCGAACAUCAAAUGUAAAUGAUUCAUUAACAUCCAGCCUUGAACAAACAUAUUUAAAACAGUUCACAACACAAAACAACUGUGAGGUUAAAAUGCUCUACAGUCACACAGCUGGAGCUUAAAUUUGACACUAAAGGUUAUCUUUUGACUAUUAAAAUGAGGCACUGUUGAGUUUUAGAUAUUAAAUUGUAUUAAGUCACAAAAACAUUGAUUCCAAUGGUCUUCUGGAUUUCUCGUGGUCUACAUGAGUAAUGUAUUCACGUUCCAACCGAAAAAACGAGCCUCUGGUCUCAGUGUUUCCUUAUCACACUAAUGAGAGAAAUGGUCCUGACUGUGGAUAUAUUAAGCCCUUUGAAACCUGACAUGAAAUAACAAAGAAAUCCCAGAUUUCUCUUUAUUUAAAGUGUUAAUUAUACAUUGGAAUCAUGAACACCUCAUUUUGUAUUAAAACCAUUUCUAAAUUAUUUUCCUUAUCAUUGAAUACAAAUUUACAUUUUUUUUUUUUAAUUAUAUAUUUUUUUUUUUCCUGUUUUAAGAGGAUGCUACAAAGGUCCUGAAAUUCAUGCAUCAAAUAUGAUAUACAGUAUCUGGCAUUAUAGGGUUACGGAGAUUAAACAGGUGUUAAAGAAAAGUUAAAAAACAAUAUGGAACAAGAGCAAACCACCACUGGGUUCCAGAAAGAAAACCAAGUCAUUUUCCUCUACUGACUGGCAUUUUUCUGGUUGUCAUGCGGAAAAAUCCAGAAAUUAAGUUAACUUUCUGUGACAUGGCAGCCACUUGUUUUCCCUCGAGCCAAUGUGAGGUUUGAUUUUCAUACAGCGGCUGUUAAAAUGAGGCUCUGUGCUUUUACCCCAAAGGCAUGAAAUCAAGCAUAUCUGGCAUUCCAGGAGAAUAAAAAGAACUCUGUUAUUGAUGCUCAAAGCACUUGUUGGAAUCUUGUUUCCUCCAACCGUUAGAUCAGCUUGCAUGGUUAAUGGCCACGCUUGAUCAGCCGCUGAUCAAUGACGGUUCCUGAUGCUGUCUGAAGGAUGGGGAGUCACAGGUACCAGGCAUAGGCUUGUACCCUUAACCUGUUCAAAUGAUCAGAUAAAAUGUUAAUAUGUAGUGCAUUAACAUUUUAUCUGAUCAUUUUUAAUUGUGAAAUUGU